CCUGUAGUGUGUAAAGAUGGAUUUUUUGGACACAGUUGUGAUAAAACGUGUGGUAAAUGUAAAUUCGGAACCGUGUGCCACAACAUCACAGGGAGUUGUCCAGAAGGAUGUCAGGAUCACUGGAAUGGAUCAAACUGUGAUGUAUGUGAAAAUGGAUUUUAUGGUGACAACUGCACAAAAAAUUGCGGUCAUUGUAAAUUCCAAACAAAUUGCCAUAGGUUUACAGGCAUUUGUAUGAAAGGAUGCGAUGAUCAUUGGUACGGCUCUGAAUGUAAAGAGUGUAAAAAUGGUUUUUAUGGUGAAAACUGCACAGAGACUUGUGGACAUUGCAAACCUGGAACAAACUGUCAUAAUGUAACAGGGAUUUGUCAUGAAGGAUGUGAUCACCAAUGGGACGGUUUUAAAUGCAAUGGGUGCAAUGUUGGAUUUUAUGGGAAAAAUUGCGAAAAUCCGUGUGGAAAUUGUGAGAAUGGGACGUUUUGCGACAGAAUCACUGGGAAUUGUCUGGAAGGUUGUGAGGACGAGUGGAAUGGCAUCAGGUGUGACGAAUGCAAAAAUGGAUUUUAUGGAACAGACUGUACAAAGAAAUGUGGAUUUUGUAAAAUCGGUACGUUCUGUAACAAAACGAGUGGAGUCUGUCCAGAGGGAUGUCGGGGUAAUUGGAAUAACUCAAAGUGUUUAGUAUGCAAAAACGGAUUUUUCGGUGAGGCCUGUGAAUUCAGCUGUGGUAAAUGUAGCACGGGGACCUUCUGUAAAAACAUAACAGGACUGUGUCCAAAAGGUUCUCAGGAUCAAUCGAAUGGUUCUCAGUGUCGAGAUAAAGGAAAUUAUAAUGAUGGCAUUUCAAAUACUUCAACUGGAAUUAUAUACAUUGUUUCAACACUUGCUGUUGUAACCCUUAUAUAUGCAGUAGUAAAGCUUGUAUACAAGAAAUUUAAACAGAGAAACCAGGAUACAGGAAAGCUCACAGCAGAAAUUAUGCCUGGAAAGAUAUAUGAUCAAAUACAUGCAGCUGAAACGAUCGUCAAUCAAACCUAUCAAAAGAUAAAUCCCCAGUCAGACAGUUCUCAUUAUCAAGAAAUGCACCUCUACAUCAAUGAAGAACUCUCUGGACACAAAUAG